UCUCUAUCAUUGGGCAUCAAAAAUAUCAAGAUAGAGCAAAUCAUUCCUAUAAAAAUAAAUAGAUCAGUACUCAAAACCCAUUUGUACCCAGCUGAAAGAUAUAAGAAUUGGUCCAUCGAAAAGUUUUAAUUGUUUUUUUUUUUUUACUUUUGGGAGCUGAUAACUCAGCAGCUUCACAAAGUCCAAAUUCAUUUUACAUGAACUCAAUUCGAAGACCAAUUUGACCCAGUUACUUACUUACGUGGUUCAUUUUGUUCAAUUUUAAAAUACUUAUUUUUUUCUUAACUCUAAUAAAAUUUUGUCUCUAUACUUUCAUAUAGACUCAUUAAAGCCGAUCAACAAUUUAAAAAUCACCAUUCCUUCACGCAAAAUAAGACCCAAAACAAAGCUGAUAGAAGAAACGUGAAAAAACUUCAACAAGAUUGGUCAGGAGUCAAAGGUCAACAAGUUGAAAAUGCAUUGCGUUAUCUGCUCAGAAGAAUUUAAUUGCUUAAAAAAAUUAUUCAUGCAUUUGAAAAUUCUACAUGGUUGUGAUAAAAAAAGCAAUUUGAAAUGCUUUGACAAAUCAUGUCAACAAAUAUUUAAUGGAUUAUCUUCAUACAAAAGACAUUUAGGGGUCGUACAUGGCAGAGGUCGUAAAAAUGUUUCCUACAGAAACCGAGAUGCAAAGGGUGUGCGACGAGCUGAAACAAAACCGGGACUGGGAAAAAGUUACUAAACAAUGGAAACAAACUAUGCCAUUCAGGAGGGAUAUGAUUUCCCAAAGCUCUGACAUUGACCUCCAGACAGUCCUUCAGGAGUGGCCGCUUUACAAAUAUUCACGAGCGCCAGAACUGAUUGCCAUGGAUUACAAUUUUAUAAAACCGAAUAAUGGGCUCGACUUCACCAAAUGGGAACAAUUUUCGAAAAUAGCCCUAGAAUUGUUCACAGCGAGGAUCAAGUGCAGCGCUCUUAAAUCAUUCCUCAAUGAAUUCAGGGAGAAUAUUGACGACCUUGACAUAGAUAACGUCAAUAUUGGCUAUGCAACUCUGUUACAUGGAGUGUUGCCUCCAUCAUCGCAGCAGUUUAAUGGUAAAUUGAAGAAAUUUACAAUUGAAGAUUCAAAAUCAUCUUUCACUCUGGAAGUGGAAUGUGCAGGCCAGGUCGAACCUAUGCUAAAAAUAAAAAGGGAGGAAUGUUUAAAAUCGAAAACAAAACUUCAGCCCCUAAUAAUUGUUGUUGGUGAGAGAUUUCAUUAUAAUAAUUUUUAUGUGUCCUUGGACAAUAUUAUGUUUAAAUUAGAUACUUAUUUGGACUGCAUUAUUUUUUAUUUAAAGCUCGUUUAUGUAUUAAAUAUUCAAUACCCUCCACAGUGUUUUUCGGUAUGGGUUUUUAUACAAAUGUUUUUCUUUAAUAUUCAAGACGGUAAAAAAAUACCUUCUGUUUCAACUUUACUAAAUGAUAUAAAUGCAUUAAUUAAUUAAAUUAUAUCAAUGUAUUAUUUUGUACAGUCCAUGUUCUACAUAUACAGUACUGGACAAAAUAAAAUACGCACUAUCCGAACUUUCUUAUUUAUGCUUUUCUCGCUCCCCAAGUCAUCAAUAAAAUAUUCUAAAGUAGUGAUUAAGAAAGUCUAAUACUAUCCUUAUACG